AUGGAGGCUUAUACUAAGUUCUUAACCCUUUUUGUGCUACUAGUAUUUGUUAGCAUUUCAGAGAUUCAUAGAGUGAAUGCUGCAGGAGAAUGUGGGAAAUCUACCACUCCAGAUAAUGAAGCACUGAAGCUUGCUCCAUGUGCCACUGCAGCACAAGAUGAAAAUGCUAGUGUUUCUCAGAGUUGCUGUGCUCAGGUUCAGAAACUUGGCAAGAACCCAAGUUGCUUAUGUGCUGUUAUGCUCUCUAACACAGCCAAAUUGUCUGGAGCAGACCCAAAGGUUGCCAUAACCAUCCCCAAACGUUGCAACCUUGCUAAUCGCCCUAUUGGUUACAAGUGUGGUCCUUACACUCUGCCUUAAGAAUGCUGUGAAACAAAAAGGACUGGGGGGCAUAAAGGCACAACAGCUGUUAGUUACUAGUUACUAGUUACUGUGACUAUAACUACGUUUAAUUGUCCUUGUAACUUUCUAAUCAAUAAUAGCUAGCAGCUCACUGGUGUACUUCCUUAA